AGAAAGGAGCUGCUCGGACUGGACUCGUCAGUGCAGCCGGAGAAGCUCUCGCGACCGCCGCAGAAAAAGCUCCGGCGAGACCACCGAAAGGAAAGGAACGGAAGGGAAGGAGCAUUCUCCUUUUUUGUUGUUGUUUUUUUAUACACCCCCAACAAAUAUCUUUUAAUCCAGCCUAUUUAUUGUCUCGAAAGACCUAACUCGGCGGCGGCGGACGAUGGUGAAAGAAGAACCGGGAGCCGAGCCUGAGCAGCCGAACGGAACUUAUUGUUAUGUUGCGAUUGUUUGGGCUACGUCGUCGCUACCCCCGAGCGAGUUCGUCGUCGUCGUCGGCCCCCCAUCGGGAACCUUUUAAAGCCAGGCGAGCCGAGGAAGCGAGGAUUGGCUUUUUUGUUUUUUGAAAGCUUUUUUUUUUUUGCUCUUCUUCGGGGAUUUAAAUUUGCUGCUGCUCCUCAGGGGGGAGAGACAUUCAUGUGGCCAUUCUCUCGUCUCUAGUUUGCCUCUUUGGGGGUGGGGGGGAGAAAGUGCAGAAUGAGCAAAGAACGACCCAAAAGGAAUAUUAUCCACAAGAAAUACGACGACAGCGAUGGGAUCCCGUGGUCGGAGGAGCGGCUGAUGCGAAAGGUGCUUUACCUCUCCCUCAAGGAGUUUCGGAGCACGCAGAAACGGCAGCUGGACGGCCAUGGGAGCACCCACCAAAACGGCUCCCUAGCCAACGGGCCGCUCAACGGCUCGGUGUCCUUGGGUGGCCACAAAGACGGCGUCUCGCUGCACGCGUCGGGCCAGGACGAGGGCGGCGACUUCUGCGAGGACGGCCCGGCCAAGAAAAGGCCUCGCCUGCAGGCUCAGAGGAAGUUCGCCCAGUCACAGCCCAACUCGCCCAGCACCACCCCCAUCAAGGUGGCCGAGCCGGCCGCCCUUAACGUGGGUCCGGCCGUCCCCGCAACGGUCGCCGCCCCCUCCUCAUCACCGCCGACGCUCUCGUCGUCGUCGUUCGCCGCCUCGUCUUUGUCAUCGUCCAUCCAGGACCUGUCCAGACGGAAACCCAAGACUGAGGACUUCCUCACCUUCCUCUGCCUUCGAGGUUCGCCGGCGUUGCCCAACAACAUGGCCUACUUCGGCAGCUCCCAGGAGGACGACGACUUGGGGGAGGCGGAGGACGACCGCGACGAGCAGCUGAAGAACGGCAGCCUAUCGCACGGCGUUGCGUGCGGUGGCCACGCUUCAGCUUCCUCUUCCUGCCACUCCACGCCGCGCAAAGGGAAGCCCAUCGCCCGACAACCGCUCAAUGGUCAUGUGUUCAACAACCACGGCAAAGCGGGGACGCGAGAGAGCCCUCGACCCAAGGCGGCGACAGGGGCGGCAGCGCCUCCCCCGCCCCCGCCGCCCCUCCUGAGGGAGCGUAGCGAGCGUGCAGAGGCGCGGGAACACGUCAGGAUGUUGCAGGCCAUGGCCUCAGCUAACGCCGGCGCUGCUAAAGGCCUGGCCACCAGGAGGGCCACUGAGGAACUGCGAAAGCAGGUAUCGCGGGUGAACGGUCUGACGCGUCUGAGCGCCCUGCAGGCGGCCGCCAAGAGAAGCCGCGACUUGCGUCUGCCGUCCAAAACUGUGAAGAGGUAUACGGCCACCGUGUCCAAGGGCCACGUCACCUACACCAAAGCCAAGCAGAGGGAACUGGGCAAGAAAACCAAACUCAGCAGCAAUGACAACGCGAACAAUCACAAUCAGCACAGCCAGCCAGCAGCCAGCAACGGGCUGACCCACUCAGGAAAAGCAGCAGCAGCAGCCUAUCACAGCAAUGCAAAAACUCGCAAACAGGUGCUACUCUCCAACGGGCCGCACAGGGGCGACCUCAACGGCCGGCUCAACGGCCAGCGCCGCGACGACAGGGAAGAGGCGCGCGAGAGUGACCACUCCGGGCGGGAGGGCCUGCGCAACUCAAAACGGCGGUCAGAGGUGGCGGAGGCGCCGAAGCCAGGCCGGGAUCCGAAGAAGGCCCGGCCGCAGCCGCCUCCGCCGGAGCCCCGCGGCAAGAAAGCGGGUCCCGUGCGCUCGGCCGCCCCCAGCACGCCGGUCUCCAACGGGCGUCUGUCGCAGCCGCCGCCGCCCCCCGAGACGGCCGCGCUCCCGUCGUCGCCACCCCAGGCGCAGCAGUCGUCCUCCACGCCAGCGGAGUCGCUCAAUCAGCGGCCCCGCCGGGCGUCGGCCGGCAAGCUGAUGUUGAUCCGACAGGCGCAGCGGCAGCUGAGCAGGUCUCACGCCCGCACCUCUUCUUCCCCGUCGCCCGGGCGUAAUCACGGGCGCGGCGCUACCUCAGACCCCCGCCGGACCUCCCCGCCGGCCUCCCCCCUGCCAGGGCCGCUCGGGAGCCCGCUCGCGUCCCACCGCGACAAGGAGUGGGAGCGCGAGAAGGAGCUGACGCGGCAGACGGAGCGUGACCAGGAGAAGGAGCGGGGGCCACGUCGGAGCCGCCCCGAGGGCUGGGCGGCCCUGGCCGAGGUGCCCGUCUUCCGCCCGCCAACCGCUGACUUCCAGGACCCCGUGGCCUACCUGGACGGCGUGCGGGAGCGGGCCGAAGCGGCCGGCUUGUGCCGCGUGGUGCCGCCGCCCGACUGGCGGCCCGAGUGCAAGCUGAGCGAGGAGAUGCGCUUUGUCACCACUGUGCAGAGGGUCCACAUGCUGGGCCGCCGAUGGGGCCCCAACGUGCAGCGGCUGGCCUGCAUACGAAAACACCUCAAAUCUCAGGGCAUCUCUAUGGACGAGCCACCCGUCAUCGGUGGCUGCGAAGUGGACCUGGCGCGCUUCUUCCACCUGAUCAAUGACAUGGGCGGCAUGCAGCAGGCCAUGGACUUGAAGAAGUGGACCAAGCUGGCCGACCUGCUGCGCAUCCCCAAGUCGGCGCAGGACCGCCUGGCCAAGUUGCAGGAGGCCUACCUGCGCUACCUGCUGGCCUACGACUCUCUGGGCACCGACGAGCGGCUCCGCUUGCAGGCCGAGGUGUUGCAGGAGAAGCGGCACCUGGAGGCGCGGCACGGGCCCCUGGAGGGCCUGGCGGACUCGUCGGCGCCGGCGCUUCCUCGCUACGAGCCCAAGAACGGGCUGGCAGGCGGCGUGGUGGGCGGCAACGGCGUCUACCAGCAUCUGAAGGAUCUGGAGGCUCAGGUCAAAGCCGGCCGACGACGCCUCUUCGCUCAGGAAAAAGAGGACGGGCGCCGCGCAGCCGAUGAGCGGGACGUCGACGACAUCCUCGGCGAGCAGCACAAAUGUAUUUACAAGGGCAAGUCAGUGUCGUUGACCAACUUCUUCCGGAUAGCGCGCAACACCAUGAGCAUGUGCUUCAACAAGGAGCCCGUCGCCGCCGAAGUGGAGCAAGAGUACUGGCGCAUCAUUGAGCAGCGCGACAGCCACGUGGCCGUGCAUUGUGGGAAAGUGGACACCAGCACGCACGGAAGCGGGUUCCCCACCGGGAAGUCGGAGCCAUUUUCAAAACACGGGUGGAACCUCACCGUCCUUCCCAAUAACUCGGGGUCCAUCCUAAGGCAUCUCGGUGCUGUGCCCGGGGUCACCGUUCCCUGGCUGAACGUCGGCAUGGUCUUUUCUACCUCAUGCUGGUCUCGAGACCAAAAUCGCCUUCCGUACAUUGAUUACCUUCACACUGGUGCUGAUUGCAUUUGGUAUUGCAUCCCUGCUGAGGAAAAGUCCAAACUGGACAAGGUGGUCCACACGCUGCUUCAGGCCAACGGGACGCCCGGACUGGAAAUGCUGGAGAAGAACAUCAUGAUUUCUCCAGAGGUGCUGUGCCGCGAGGGCAUCCGCGUCCACCGCACGGUGCAGCGCAGCGGGCAGUUUGUGGUUUGCUACCCCGGCGCGUUCGUCUCCAAAGUUUGCUGCGGUUACAGCGUGUCCGAGACGGUCCACUUCGCCACGCCAAACUGGAUCCAGCUGGGCUACCAGGCCGCUAAGGACCUGAAGUGCCGGCGCAUAGCCAAGCCCUUUUCCAUGGAGAAGCUCCUCUACCAGAUCGCCACGGCCGAGUCCAAACGGGACAACGGCCUCCUGCUCACCACCGUCGCCGGCCUCCUCAAAGACCUCAGGAACCUGGAGAUGCGGCAGCGCCGCGAGCUGUUCACGGCCGGCCUACAGUCGGCGGCCCGCUACGGCGCUCACGACGAAGGCCGCAAGAAGCCGCGCGGAAAGUGGACGGCGCUGGAGUCCUCCGAGAGACGCUGCCAGAUCUGCCACCACCUCUGCUACUUGUCCAUGGUGGUGCAAGAGACAGACAACGUGGUGUUCUGCCUGGAGUGCGCGCUGCGCUACGUGGAGAAGCACAAGACGGGCCGAGGCCUCAAGAUGAUGUACAGAUACGACGAGGAGCAAAUCGACAACUUGGUGAAGCAGGUAUGCGGUCGAGCCACGUUGAAAAGCGGUGGGAGUGUGGCGACCAGCGGGGGCGAGGCCUGCCGCCGCCCCGUCAGCCCCGCCAAAGCCUCGCCGGCCAAGCGCGGCGCCCCCCGCAAGCGCGCCGUCGUGGAGGUGUCGCUGUCCCGCCUGCCGCCCGAGACGGCCGCCGUGUCCUGACCCCUUUUGCACUAGCGUCCGAAAACUUCGGCGACAGCCCCCUUUGCUCUCCGUGUAGUAGAAACCCAAAGUUGUUCCUCUCCGGUUCCCGGCGCAGUAUCUCUUUGAAAAGUCCGGGGGGCGCCGUCGUAGCGAAAACUUGAAAGACAACGCUGUACCGGGAGGCGAGAAAGUGAGCCUCCCGGCCGAGAGGUCCGCCUUAUUUUUUUGGUGCUGUCACUUUCCGAUUUACUGUACCGUGCUGACAAAAGGGCGUCAGAAAAGCUUUGCCCCACCCCCUGAAAAACCGCCCACCCCACCCCCGGGUUGGUUGGAGACGUGCAAUCGUGUUAACAUUCCAUUUUUCUUCCAGUACAUCUGACUUUAACCCUCAUUGUUUUCCAUUCUUUGUAUUUUUUUUUUAACAUUGUUUUAUCAAGUAGAGCCACUAGUGACAAAUGUGAAAUGUUUUUUCUUUCAUGAUUUGACUUUUUUUAUGUUCCGAUUAAAUUUUUUUUUCCCCUCAUUUUUUUUGUGUACAUAAUCCUGUAAAUGUCAUCCUUGGGCCAAGGACGCCAGGAAAGAGUGCCGAUGAAGAAAAAGCCUUACAAUUCCCUUUCUUCAUCACGCACGCGUGUAAAGAAAAAACAAGGAAAAAGGAACGUUUAAGUGCUGCUUAUAUCGCUAAAAGACGUCAGUAGGACGAGCGCCCGUACGUACCCGAGCCCCUUCGGCCUAGUUUUCUUUGUUUAGCUUUACUUUUUUUAAGAAAAGGGAAAAAAGUGAGAAAAAAGGUUUUAUUUACUAUUUCACACAGAGAAAGGAAAGAAAGGUUGUAGCUCCUCAUGUUGCACUGAGAAAAAAAAAAACUGCUUUGAAAUCCCGGAUGAUUUUUUUUUUUUUUGU